AUGGCAUCAUCUGAGUAUAAUUAUGACGAAGAAGGGGAAACCUGGCCAUUUUUUAUAUUGGCUCUAUUGUCAUUCAUUUUAAUCCCAAUUACAAUCAAUUAUUUUGCAACUUUAUUAAGUACAAGUGAUCCAACCAAAAUUAAUUCAAAAAUUAUUGGUUCAAUUAAAGAAGAUGCAGAAACUUUGAAAAUUGAUAAUUUAAAUGAUAUAAAAAGUUUUAGAAAUAAACAAAGAUCAUCGAAAAUAUUGAAUAAAUCAUUAAUAAUAAUUGUUUUAGGUUGGGCCACUGUUAUAUAUCUUGGAUUAUAUGUAACGAAAGAAACCGACAUGACUGGAUUAUUUGAUCCAUAUACUAUUUUAGAUGUCUCUUUCACUGCAAGUGAAAAAGAAAUCAAAAGUCAUUAUAGAAAAUUAUCUUUGAAAUAUCACCCAGAUAAGUUACCAAGAGAUUUAACUGAAGAGGCUCGUUUAAAAAUGGAACAAGAAUAUAUAAAAUUAACGAGUGCAUAUAAAGCUUUAACUGAUGAAGUUACUAGAGAAAAUUUCAUUAGAUAUGGACAUCCAGACGGAGAACAACCUAUCACUCAUGGAAUUGCAUUGCCUCAAUUUUUAGUUGAAGGUAAAUAUAGUGCAAUUGUAGUUGUUAUAUAUUUCAUUUUAAUUGGUAUUUUAUUACCUGUAAUUGUUGGAAAAUGGUGGAAUAAUGUUAAAAGUCAUACUAAAAAAGGUUUACAUAUCAAUACUGCUGGUAAUUUUGUAAGAAAAUUUGCUGAUAAAGAUCCUGCAAAAAUUUUUACUCCCGAUGUCAUUUUAGACUAUAUCGUUGAAAGUGAAGAAAUUAAUGAAAUAGCUCCAAAUUUAAAUCAAAAGGAAAGAAAGCAAUUGGUUCAAGAUCAUUUUGAUAGGAAACGUAGUACUAAUGAAAAACAAAAAAUUGAAUUGAUUGCCAAAAUACCGUUUUUGAUUGAUGGAUUAAUAGACAUUGCAACUGUUUUCAGAUUACAGGAUGCUAUAUUUGCAGCAGAAGAUUUGAAAAAGGCUGUCAUUCAAGCAGUUUCACCAAAUGGAAAAUAUCAAGAAAUUUUACAAUUGCCAUACGUUGAUAAAGAAGUAGUUGUUAAACAACCGAUUAAAAAACUAGGUAAAUUAUUUGCCGUAUCAAAAGAAGAAGCCCAAAAAGCUUUAGGUAUUACAGACACUGCAAAAUUCGAAACAGCAUUAGCAGUUGCAUCACAAAUUCCAUCUUUGAGAAUUAUCGAUGCUGAAUUCAAAGUUCCAGGUGAAGAAGAAGUUAAUCCUCAUUCAAGUUGUCAUAUUUCAAUAAAAUUUUUAGUAAAAUCACCAAAAUUAAAAUCAUGUCCUGAAAUUGAUGAAGAAAGAUUAAAAGAUGAAGAAACUUUAGAAUAUAUGAAAAAUCCUUUCACUGUAAAUGAACAACAACCAAAAUUACCUUUUGCAUAUGCUCCAAAUUUCCCAUUACCAAUUCGUCAAAAUUGGUCAUGUUUUGUAAUACAACAAAAGGAAAAUAAAAUAUUUGAAGAUACAAAACCAUUAAUUUUAGAAAAUAUAGAUUUAUCAAAUUUAAAUUUAACACAAGAAGAAUGGAUUGAUGGUACUAAAUGUACUAUUGGAAGAUUUAAUAUACCAAUUCCUACACCAUCUGGAAAUGUUGGUACUUAUUAUUAUAGAGUUGUAUUAAAAAGUAAUGCUUAUUAUGGAGUAGAUGUUGAUAUUCCAGUAGAUUUAGAAGUUGUUCCAUUACCAAAAGAAAAAUCAUUAGCAGGUAUUAAAAAAUUAAUGGAAAAACGAAAAAAAGAAGAUAAUGAUGAACUGGAAUCGGAAGAAAGUGAUAGUGAUAGUGAUAUUUCAGAUCCUGAAGAAGAUAGUUUAGCAGGAGCAUUAGCUGCUUUAAGAGGUGAAAUUACAAAAGCUAAAAAGGAUAAAAAAGAAGAUGAAGAAGAUGAUGAUGAAGACGAAGAUGUAUUUACAGAUAUAGAUACAGAGACUGAAGAUGAAAGUUAA